GAAAAAAAAAAAUUGAAGGUGUAAUACGAAAAGCGUAGAAAGUGCACCUUCUAAAGAAAUUUUAACUUCCCGCAGUCAAUAACUUCUGGUUCUUAUUGUCUGAAUAAGAGUAAUCUAUCUCUUCCGCAUAACAUUAUCGAUAUCAACAACACAUAAUGUCCGAACGUAAGGUUUUGAAUAAGUACUUCCCCCCUAACUUCGAUCCCUCGCAAAUCCCGAGACAAAAGAAGCCAAAAGAUCAACAACAUAAGGUUCGUUUGAUGUCGCCUUUCUCUAUGCGUUGUGAAAGCUGCGGUGAAUAUAUAUAUAAGGGUAAAAAGUUCAAUGCAAGGAAAGAGACUGUAGAAGGUGAAACCUACUUGAAUAUCAAGAUAUAUCGAUUUUACAUUAGAUGCCCUCGAUGUUCAGCAGAAAUUACGUUUAAAACAGAUCCGAAAAACACAGACUAUGUUGCUGAAAACGGUGCCAGUAGAAAUUUCGAACCUUGGAGAGAGGAAAAAGAAUCAGAGUCAGAAGAAGAGGAAAACGAUCCUAUGCAAUCUUUAGAAAACAGAACACUAGACUCAAAACGUGAGAUGGAUAUUAUGGAUGCUUUAGACGAAAUCCGUACUCGCAAUGCUCGGUCAGAACGUAUUGACGUGGAUGAAGUGCUGAAUCGGUUUUCUGAAGCAGAUCAAAAAGUUAUCAGUGAGCGUAUACGUAAAGAUGAAGAGGAAUUAGAGAAAGAAGCAAAAGCAGUAUUUGAGAGCGCAGAUGGACAGCAAGUGCGUAAACUGAAAGAGCCUGAACCGGAGGCCAUAUCAUUGGUACGUCAGUCAAACGCAACAGCCGCAUUGGAUAUACCCUCUUUCAAACCUGCAGCUAUCAUUAAGAAACGAAAGCAAAAUAAUGAUAGUCCAGUAGUAGUGGUGAAGAAGAAGAAGGAUAAUGAAGAUAAUGGAUCAACAUUGACAUCAAAGAAGAUUAAUAAUAGCGCAAAUGGAACAAACGCUUUAUCUCUAUUAGCCAAUUACGAUAAUGACAGUGAAUCCUCAUCUGAUUAGUAUCCGCAGUAAUUAACAACUAUGAAUACCAUGCUCCAUUGGCGUCUUAAGAUGUGAGGAUUGCUUCUGGCAGCUAGAAUUGCACACAAUGUAAAGGCUCCGCGAUAGCAUAAGAUAUAUAAAUAUGAAUAUACAGACAGUCAUUUUAAUGAUAUAUCAUUUUGUACAGAUUAGGGU